AUGGCAAGUGAUAUGGGUGAAGACGCAACUAAGCGUCAUGAUCGAAGGGUUAGCCUGUCUGUUAUGGCAGAGGCUCUGCUGCACCCCAAGCUUGAUAUACCCUACUUUUCACACGAACCUCUGGAUCCGCUCCUUUAUCCUGGUGACCUCAGCAAGCCUGUGGAAGGUGCACCUGAAAACCUGCAACUCGAAGAGAUCCUACAACAACAGCGUCAAGAAGACCCAGCUGAGCUCAGCUCUGGAUCGGACGAUACGGAGACACUCGAGCAGAACAUCAAUAUCUCUCUAGGCCGACUCGUCCCAGAACAGACUUGUUGGAAGCACAAAGCGGCUAUCGAAGAAGAAGAAGAAGAAGAAGAGGACGACGUCAGUGAGAAGAUUCCUGCGAAAAAGAUCAAGCUCGAGGGUGGACUACCAGUCGUUGCCAAAAAGAUUUCUGCUUUCGACGACAUGGACUCCGACGAUCAGCUUCUGUAUAACCUCAAACUUGCCAAAUGGCCGUACUGGCUACAGCAAAAAGACCAUCGGAACUCGAUUCACGCGCAUGAAGCGCUUUUUCUCCAAGGAUCUGGACCGCCGCCUCGAGACGGCGAGACUGACUGGCACGCCGACGACGACGUUGCCCUUCUGAAAUCCGUCGACGAAACGGAGGCGGAGAUCGAAAAAAAAGAAAAGGAGUUGGACAAGUCCAGGUGGGAUCGUGUCGCGGAGCGCAUCCGCAAACACAUCCCAGUCGCCAUGUACUCCGGAGACGCCUGCAAGAGCCGGUACGAGGCUCUGAACGACGGGACGGCGACCAAGCCGCUGGAGCUUCGCGAGAAGCUCGACGAGAAGACGCUGGCGAAUUUCGCAAGCGUCGGGAGCAGCUUGCUCGCAUCCGUGAGUUUGAGCGUGGGAAAAAGCCUGAGUGAGCACUUUUUAUCGGUGAUGAGAGACGGCCGUCCAUGGCCAUUUACGGUUCGUACAUGUACACGGUACAGUAUGAACCUAGCUACAGGGAAAUGCCAUUCACUUGCUAUCGAUCGUUUCUCCCACUGGCUGCCUUGCGUGCCAUGCUUUGCUAGCGCUUCGGGAGCUUGUCGGCUGGGCCACCACGCAGGGGAAUCAUCCACUCAAGCCCAGCAUCACCGUCGUACAUUCAACAGCCAUCUGCACGAGCAGGGCCCCGGCACAUCACCGGCAUAUCAGCCGCCAAUUGCGUCGCUCUCCUGCCUCUCUCGACCUGACUAUCAUCCUUGCAUCGCCACAAAUCCCCAGAGUCAGACUGCUGCAGCCUGGCUGGCUGGGAUCAUGUGA